AUGGACCUCGCACCUUCCGUGGUUCAGGCAAGAGCUGUGACCGCUUGGCUGUGGCGUCAGGCUCCUCCAGCUCGGCCAGGCACCCGUGGCAAAAUCAAUAGCAAGCUUGAUUUUAAGAGCAUCGGUUCAAGGCAGGCAUCUGUUAUGGAUGACCUUCGGAGACUUCUUAGGCAAGGAGAAUAUCCUCCUUUUAGCUCUGCUCUCGUGUUCGAAAGCAAGUUUGUCCAGGUUAAUGAAAGAGGGAAACCAAUUUCUAUCCAUAACCGACCCAUUUGUGUGACCAUUGGCAUCUGUGCUGCCAAUCCCAGUUCAUCAACACCCAACGUGAUGCUGGUAGCAUGCGAGGUGCCCAUGACCCCAGAGGAAAUUGUGACAAAUUUCUGGAAACUCUCAGAGCAGCCAUACCACACGGGACAGCUAGCACUUACCAGGUUGUUCCCCUUGAAGUUUGUGGAACUCUCUGUCCUCAGCAAAGAUAAGCAUCAACUCAUGCUAAAAUUAGUAAAUGGCCGUACCUAUUGUCUAGAGCUCUGUGCCCCGCCAAACCAGCACCAUCAACUAUUCCACCUGUGGCUCCGUCUCAUCUCUCUCAUGAAACCCACAGAAAAUACCAGCAAUACUGAAGUCAAUGUAAAACGCAAGGAUUCUGGCAUGUAUCGCGAGAUAGCUCCCAGCCCAACCAACACAUCAGAAAAUAGAGACAACCCACAAGACGUGCGUAACCCCAAAACACAGGAAGAAGUAGUUACUAAACAAACAUCCUCCAACCAAGUUCCCCUCUCAGGUAAAGUACAUCCCACAGAAGAGAGUGGAAGAAAACAGAAAGACUUUGACAGCUCCCUGAAACCAACAAGGCAAGAAAACACUAUGCAGUCAAAGAAUACAGAUCCUCUGGAUACAAAGGAAAGCAAAAGCACAGAAAAGAGUAAAACUAG